CAGAGGCAGCUCUAGCGUCGUCGGCGUCGCGCUUGAUGAGCAUAGUGAAUCCACCGAACAAUAAUGUGGACUGAUGGAUGGAUGGGUAGAUGGGAUGCCAACGAACGGCUUGCAGCUCCCCUGUAGUGGUCAGUCAAUUUGAUUUUAAUUGUAAUUGAGUCAGUCAGUCAGAGUACCGCGCCGCAGUCAGGUGUGUAUGAUGCGACGCUGCGUUUUCGGUUAAUUCAGUCCAUCGUCGACUUUGGGGCUGUAAUCGUCGCAAUCGGUUAUUCAGAAGUUCUUUCGUUAAACUCGAUCCCGAAUCAACGCCUACUCAAAGCAAUGUGUGAAAAGUGAUUUUCAAACUAUGUGAAACAAAAAUGUCAAUCGUAGUGAGCUUUAAUCGGUUGGGCGCCAACCGAGUAGUUCCAUAACGGAAAAAAAUGAAUAAAUGAUGCCUAAUCAAGUGACUUGAAAUUAUUAUUUUCCAACGGAAGUGACCAACAGAACAAAGAGGAAAAACGUGCACCGAUCGGAAGUGGAGAGCUUUGGCGGCACGUGCACUGUGUCGCAGUUCUAUAACAACGCCCCAUCAACGGACUGGAUAGUUACAUCGAAUCGAUCUGGUCGUCAUCGUGAUCAUCAUGAAGCUGGGCAAGAUCUUCAACCACAAGUUUGUGCUCGGCAGUUGCAAUUUGAUUUUCAUGCUAUGCGGUGUCACACUUCUCGCCACGGGAUUCUACAUGUUCACCGACGCACCCCGGAUAUUGCUGUCCCGUUUGCUGAUCUCCGCAACUGAACAUCACAAAACUGCUCUCUCAGAGCUCGAGCAGCCCCUGUUCUACUAUGUGGCGCUCGGACUCACCAUAGCGGGCCUGGUGGCCAUCACGGCCGCCCUCCUCGGAUGCUGGGCAUCCUGCAUGAAUACGUAUUGUGUACUCACUAUCUACUUCCUUAUUAUUCUUUCGCUCCUGGUUGGGGAGUUCGGCGUGUGCCUCAUGAUCACCGCAUGGCCACAGUGUCUCGGCUUAAACCUAGAUGAAACGGCCAUGGUCAAAGCACUGCAGGGUAGUUACGGUGUCCCCGGUCACGAGCAGUUCACCGCCGCCAUGGACCUGGCGCAAACCAUCUUCGAGUGCUGUGCCAUCAAUACGGCCAUCAACUACGACACCUCCCUGUGGAAGCUGCAGAGCUUGGGCAAGAAGGAGCUGACCGUCCCGCUAACCUGCUGUCGGCUGCAGAAUCGCUACGAGUUCUCUGCCUAUCUGGAUCCGAUGCCGAUGAAUCUGACUCUAUGCCAAGCGCUGCAACCGCACGAUUACGAGGGCAACCGUCAUUUGGACGGUUGUCUCCACAAAAUCGAAGUGUGGUACCGGGAGCAGUACUUCCUGUUCCUCUGCGCCGGUCUUAUCGUCGCCGUGGUCGAGUUCUGCGUCCUGCUCAGCAUCAUCCUCAGCUGUACGAAGCUGCCGCGAAAGUCGGCCAGCAUGAGUCCGGAACGGCUUCCUCCGACGGCGGCACUGAUGCGACCGGGACGACUCGGAGUGCGGGACAAUAUCUAUGAGCGGGAUCUGCCGACGCCGAUUCCGGUGCCGACGAUCCGCGAGACUUACCUUCAACCCAAAGAAUAUACCAAAGCGAGGCACGAGAUACCAUUCAACACCGGAUCGCACUACUAUCAGAUCUCCAAGAGCUAUCUGGUGUAGGGAAUGAAUGGUGUGAAGUGUGUGGUGGCCAGAUUUCCUUAGAUGUAAUGCUAAUUAGAGGUUAGAAUAAGAUUUAUAAUGUAUCGCACUGAAAGAGAGCGUAAUUACUGGAUGA